AGGCAGUGACACUGGAUGAUGAGAAUAAUGCAGAAGGAUUUGAAGUUCAGGACACCUGUUCCAUUUUCAGUGCUAACAGUGGGUUGGAGUAUCAUCUACCCAAGCAUCAGUGUUGCGCAUGUCAUCUCCUUAAUUUGGUGGCUACUGUGGAUGCUUCCAAGGCAGAGGACAGCAGUGAGGUAUUUAAGAAGCUUUCCCGUUUAACAUUUGCGAAAUGCCAGGCAUUAUACAAUAAAACCAGCCGGUCUGCCAUCAGUGCUGAGAUUGUGCAAGAAGAAUGUAAGCUGCAGUUCAUUCAGCCCAACCACACACGAUGGAAUUCAGUGUACAAUGCUGCAGAGAGGGUAAUGCGGAUCCUUAAGGAGCAGGGAGAAGCAUGCCUUCGGAAUGUAUACAGCAUUCAAAAUUAAAAUGCUAAAUCCUGCUGAAGUUUCUUACCUCUCCGAAUACUGCAUUGUGAUGAAGCCUGUAUCCAUGGCCUUGAACAUCCUUCAGUCCGAAACAAACACUCAGAUGGGGUGGCUGCUUCCCACAAUCUACCUUCUUGAUUCAAAGCUCAAAAAGAUGGACGCUUCAGUCAAGGUAUGUCUUUCCCUUAUUCAUGCUCUGCAGCGGGGUCUACAAAAGCGCUUUGGGGAGUUCAUGGAAGAUCCGGAACUCAUCAGUGCUGCAAUUCUUCUUCCCAAAUUCAAAACGUCAUGGACGGACAAGGCCCACAUCAUAAAAUCAGGUAUGGAUUACAUCCUGCGUCGUCUUGAUGCCAUGAAGGACACCCAGGAAAACGAAUCACAGCGUGUCUCUGACGAGGAUGACUUCUUUUCUUCCAUUAAGACUGUUCCAUCCACAAGAGCAUCUGAAUUGGAUGGAUACUUGGCUUGUGCCUCAGAAGAGAUGGAACUGCUUCACUCAUUUCCUUUGGUGAAAAAGCUAAACCUUAAACUGAACACACCCUUGCCUGCUUCUGCAGCAUGUAAGCGCCUUUUUAGUUGUGCUGGGCAGCUGUUUACACCUAGACGAGCAAGGCUGGACAGUACAAAUUUUGAGAAUCAGCUCAUUGUAAAACUGAACAACAAAUUCAAAAUGUAAGCUCGUUGUU